AUGGGACUCCUGCCUGGGGAGGACACUCGCCUGCGACAACAAAAUCUGAAGAUCACCGGCUUCGCCCGGCUGCGGAGAUGGCAAUCCGCCCUCGGCCUCUUGGAACGGGGUGUGCUGGCUGCAGGCCUGCGACCAGACCAGAUCACUUGUGGGGCUGCCGGCACCGCAUGUCAGCAAGUAGGAGUCUGGUCUCAAGCUGGUUUGCUUCUGUGGAAGAUGCGGGUGCUAUUGUUGCCUCCUGACGAGAUCACAUACAGCAUUCGAGUCGACACAUAUGCCAAAAAUGCACGCUGGCAGAUGGCUCUGGAGACUGUGGGAAACUGCAAAGAGGUCGGACUCCGUCCCAACACUGUUACUCUAAGUGCUUUGAUAAGUGCAUGCGAGAAGGGCACCCGUUGGUCUCUCGCAUUUCGGAUGCUGAGGCAGAUUCAGGCUUCAACGAUGGUGGCAAACCGAAUCAGCUACAGCGCAGCUGUUAGUGCUAGCGAGAAAAGCUGCCAAUGGCAGCAGGCAUUGUUCCUCUUGCUUGAACUCUGUGGAAGUCGGGCAGCGCCCAGUGAAGUCACCUACGGUUCUGCUGUUAGCUCCUGCGAGAAAGCUAGCGAGUGGCAGGCGUGUUUGGGGCUCUUGAACCACAUGGUAAAGCUCUCGACGUUGCCCGACGUCAUCACUUACAGCGGAACCAUCAGCUCCGGUGAGAAAGCAAUGUUCUGGGACUGGGCCUUGCAGAUCUUUACUAACCUAAAGACUGCAGUUCAAGCCGACGUCGUUGCAUGCAGCUCUACUAUUAGUGCUUGUGAGAAGUGCGGGCAAUGGGAGCAAGCACUGCACCUGCUAGGAGACACGUCCGAAACGAUCAGACCUAACGAGUAUACGCUCAGUGCAUGCAUCAGUGCCUGCGAAAAAGCUAGCAGAUGGCAGCUUGCCCUCCGUCUGCUGGCAAGGAUGGACGGACAUGCUUUGCCCCCCAAUGGCCUCUCUGUCAAUGCUGCCAUCGAGUCGUGUCGCAAAGCACUGCAGUGGGAGUGCGCAUUAUGCCUGCUGGCGGAGAUGUCUUCCAGGUCUCUGACAGACGCGGUGACCUUGGAGGCUGCAGUAGAGUGUUGUGCUGCAGCCAGUCAGCAAGGUGAUAGAAUUCUGAUGGUACAAAACAAGUACGAAAUCAAAGGAAUUCCCGGGUGCUUCUUGGAGACGCAAGAUCCCAGACCAAUGCUCCGUCCCAUCAUGCUGACUCAGGGAAAUCGGAAGAGCAUCGCCAUGAUCAGGGAGACCAGCACCUGGGCACGCGCGAUCGAUGGGUUGGAGCAGCUGGCCACUGCCUCCUUGCGACUGACGGCGAAGAGUUUCGGCAUUUCCAUGGCCAGCUGCAUGAGGCAGAAGCAAUGGCAGCAACCCCUCCACCUUCUUCGAGAUAUGAACUUCAGCCACCCUUCACCCAACUUGAUCACCUUCAACUCCACCAUCAGCGCCUGUGGUACGGAACACUGGCAUUUCGCCUUGGAUCUCCUUUCAAAUCUCCAAAAUCAGCGGUUCGUCCCUGAUGCCUUCAGCUACGGUGCAACUGCCGCUGCCUUGCAAGAGGGUCCCUGGCAGAGAAGCCUCUCUCUUCUGGAGGCGCUGAAAUCCGUCGUAAGUCCAUAUCUUGCAAGAUCCCUUAAUCAAAGAAUAUACCUUACAUCAUAUUUGGAAUCAUAUCAUGCUUUCCGGUAUAUUCCUUAA